AUGGUCUCUCUCUCUCUCUCUCUUUCUUUUCCUUCUUUCUGUCUUUCUUUUUCAUUUCUACUCUCCCUUCAUUCUUCUCCGCUUUCUUUAAUAGUUUUUUCUUGCUUCUUUCAUUAUUUCUGUAUCCUUAUAUCUCUAGUUUUUUUUUUACCUUUCUGCUUUCCCUCUGAAUUUUCCUCUUUCUACAUUUAUUGCCCUCAUUUUUUUCUUAUCUGUCUACUUUCGCUCCAAAAAUCCUGUCUAUUUUCGUUCCUGAUUUAUUUUUAUUUAUUUGCUUAUUUAUUCAUUUAUUUCGGAUUUCUUUUGGUUUUCCUUCUUGAUUUAUUUCUUUUCUUUCUGUCUUUCUUUAUUCCAGAUUUCUUUUUUGUAUUGUCUCUUUCUUUCAUGAUUUUCUUUCUUUUUUCAAUUGCCAUUCUUUCUAUAAACAGUAUUUUCACACUUCUUUUGGCGCCAUUCGACUGCCUCUGUUUAUUUUACUUUCGCCCUUCGCUUCAAACUUCCAUUUCAAUAUCUCUCUCUCUCUCUCUUUCCUCUUUAGCAUUAUAUUUUUGGCCCUAUUUCAUUUUUCUUUCAUUUUUUCUCCUCCUCUCGAUUUCUAACUUUACCAUUUUCUUUAUUCUUUUUUAUUCCGUUUCCCCUUUCUUCGCCAUUUCCUUCCUUUCACUCUUUUAUCUUCCCCUCACUUUCUGCUUUCAACCAUUCCUAUGCACAAGAUUUUAA